AUGAAAGCGAAAACGGAGGAUGAAAACCUAUUUUAUGAUAAUGAAGAGUACGAAAAAAUUAAGAAAAAAACCCUGUUCAAAAUUCUCCUAUCUGUGUUUAUCAAGACUCUAUUUGAAUCCUUUCUACAGCCUCUGCUCCCAUUUUAUAUAUUAAAUUAUUACGACAUCCCAGUGAAGGAGUUAGGAAUUUUACUAAGCUUUUAUUCUCUCGCCCAAUGUGUAAUGUGUUUGAUUAUAGGAUUCUUUUCUUCCAUCAACAAGAAGCAUUUACUUGUAUUUUUAAUUCUGUUAAACCUGGUUGGUAUGUACCUAUUUUACGUAAAGUUGAAUUUCCCGUUAUUAAUUCUUAAUCGAAUUAUAUGUGGCAGUAGCUCAGUGUUCAUCGUUGUAGUUAAUGCCAUAAUCAACGAUCUGGUUGACACAGAUGUGUGCAUUUACUACACGUACAUAAAUGUAUUUAAUGCAAUUGGAAUAAUUCUGGGUCCAUUGUUAUCUUCGCUCUUUUUAAGCAUAUUUAAUUUUGAAAUUAUAUUAAAUUUUAACACGCUUGGGUUAAUUGUCUCUCUUCUAAUUGUCUUGACGAUUUCCAGUGAGUUACUAGCACAAAAUCAGGACAACAUAAAAAAAGACAUAAUCGAAGAUGCUAAUUUGAUCACCCUCAAUGUUGACACGAAUGGGCAGAAAAAAAAACAUGCGCAAAAAAAUCUACCAUGCAACGGCGGAAAAAAUUCCGCGUACCUGAAGGACCUGGUCCAGUCAGAAUUUAAAAAUGAUCGUUCACACAGUGGGAGGAACAAACACGAAACGUCUAGCUACAAAAGAGGAGCCAAUUCGGCUAAUGGGAACUAUGCGACUGGGCAUUAUGAGACUGGGCGCUAUGCGAGUGGAAAAUUGGCAGGUGGAAAUUCUGCCGGUGGAAAUUCGGCAGGUGAUUAUUCUGCAAAUAGCUACCUGCUGAAUAAGAAAAAAAAACACCCUGACGAAAAUUACAAGAGGAAAUUUUUCAAUUACGACAAUGAUGAAUUUUCCGAACUAUCCUAUCAGCAAUUUUUGAAGAGACGGGACUACUUUUACAUCACCAGGCUGACCCUCUACGUGAAGGAAAAGAUUCGUGCCCUUGCUCACACGACUCUUUCUUACAAAUUGAAGUGCCUCCUUUCGAUUUGCAUGUUCAGAUUUACUUCAGCCUUUUCCUCCAAUUUGAUGAGCAACAUUUUUUUUGUAUUCUACAACGACAACGUUUCGUCCGACAACAAGCAGAUACAAAUCAGCGUCUUUGUCUCCCUGAGCGGAAUUAUCAUGAUCUUCUACCAGUAUUUUUCCUUCUCAUAUAUUUUGAAAACGUUUGGAUACAACGGCACGGCAAUUAUAGGAUUGCUGAUACAGAGCACAGGAAUUUUGCUGACCUACAACAGCAUAAAAUAUUAUAACAUAAUUUUUCAAUACAUUAGCAUUUGCUUCAUCCAUUCGUGCUCCUAUGCCUACAUAGAGCCCAUCAUACCAACCAUAAUAUCUUUAUUUUUUGCCAAGAAGGAUCAACUGUUUUCCCAAAGCAUCGUUUCCUUCUUCAGAUAUUUAUCCCUCACCAUUUCCCCCAUCAUUUAUAGCUACUACUACAUCGAAAGUCAGCUCUCCCCUUUUUUCAUUUCUUCCUGCGUUUCCAUCGUAUCCAUUUUUUUUGUGCGCCUCUCCUUUAAAUACCACAAGAGGAUGAAUGCUUCCCUUUUGUCUAAUUAG